AUGGCAUCCGAACCUAGUGUGGCUCGAGCAGCCGCCGAUGCCUUGGAGUUCGAGCAGCUGGCGGACGACAAAGGAGUUGAGAAUAUCUUACAGAAGUUGCAGGAGCACUUUGCACCCCACCUGGAAGUCUCCUUACCGCGAGCCUUCGAGCGAGCAAUCUAUGGAGCUCCUCGCUCGCAGAAGGAAGAUAUCAACGAGUAUAUCAUCAGGCGGCCCUUUCAGAUAGCCAAGAACUCCGCUUUGGUGCAUGGGCGAACGGACGAUGGUGAACCAGAUCAAGAAGAUGAUUCCGACGGCGAAGGUGACGCCGAUGAGAACGAGGAGCAGUACGCCUUCUUGGAUGAAGGCGACAUGAACAGAGUCUUUGAAGAACCAGAGCUGCAGGUGGUGUUGGCCUCCUAUCAGGAGGUGCGCAAGGCCAUACAGAACAAACAGAAGGGCAGACAGUUCUUCAAGGGCAAAGGGCGCCUCUACAUCACCAGCACCUACCAUGGCAAGCGGCGUGCAGCAGUCUUGGAUGAACCUCUCGGUUUUGACGUGAGGGGAAAUUUAGAUGUUUUUAGAGGGUCUCAGUUGGCUUCAAGUCAAAGCGACCAGAGAAGCAGCAGCCUGUAUUUCGUCGGCUUGACAACUUGCCCGACAAUGGCAUUGGCUGAUACUGCAGCUCAAGAUGGGCUUGUUGGGCGUGACGCAUUGCAGCAGCUGUCGCAAAAAUUGCACUCAUUUGGUUUGAAAGUGAAGUGGACAGACAAGAAGGCAAAAGCUCAUGGAGCAGGAGGUCAAGCCGAAGUACUUGGAAUAGCAGCAGUACCACUAGGUCUAGCAGGAUCAUCUGGUGCUGUUUUGGAAGUUACAGUUGUUAGUGGGGACGUUCCUCUUUUGCUUCCCAGUCGCAUGUUGAAAGACUUGCAAGCAGUGAUUGAUUUGGAGAGUGGUCGCAUGACAUUGAAGCGUUUGCAGCAGACGGUCGAAUUGCACACCAUGCCAAGUGGUCAUGUUGCAGUGGAUAUUCCCAAUUUUGAAUCAUCUGGUUUUUCAUUCCUUCUUCAAGCGAAAGAUGUCGGAUAUUCAGAAGCUGAUUUUCGAUUCACUGGCAGCACAGGCUCGAGCUGCGUGAUGCUCACUCACCUGAACUCGUUCGUGACCAGUCUUGAUCAUGUCGGAGUGAUGGACAAGGUUAUCCUCAUCCAGCAGGUGGUUGGACUGGAGGAGUCAGUGAAUUCGUGGCUUCCGUCCGAAGUGACAGGAGCUAAUGGUACCUUCGUCUCAAAUCUCCUCAAAGCAAUUGGCCGAGCUGAUCCUUACAGGAAAGCGAAGACCAAAGUGGGUGCGUCGAGUUCGGCAUCCGACGCCUUCAGAGUCGAGAUGAAGGAUCGCCUGGAGACGGAGAUCAGAGCCGAGUUUGCCAGCAAGGUGCAGGAGCAGGCGCUCAACAGCCAGCACAUGCUGAUGCAGCUGAGGGACUCGAAUGCAGAGAUAGAUCACUUGAAGGAGCGCCUCAAUCGACAGGCAAUGGCAAACUUGGAGGAGAUGGGUCAGUUGCAAUGCAUGAUGGAGGAGGAUCAGAAGAUGAAAAUCCACCUGAGUCAGAUCCAAUGGCACGAGAAGGUGAGGUCGGUGAUGAUGGACGAGUACGCCACCAUGGCGAUGGGCAAGACCUACCAGGAGGCCUCAGCAUACCACCAUGCCGAGAUGUACCAGUAUGCCGAGAGGAUCGUUCAGGCGGAGGAAGCGACCCAGAGGGAGUCGGAGGUGUUGGACAGGCUGCGCACCGAGAAGCAGGAGGCUGUCUGGGUGAACGUCAGCGGAGACGGCAUGAUUGAGCGUGUGGAGGCCUUCAGCAAGUGCCCACAUUUCAGUUUGCAGAGUGUGUUUGUGAAAGAUCAAUAUGAAACCUUUGCUGUUCAAAAUGUUGAAGAGUUGGCUUUUGAAGAUGAAUGUUUUUGUGUUAUGAAAAGGAGUCAGAAAGAUGUUGUUGAAGAUUUUGUGGAUGAUGUUGAAGAAACAGCGCUUCCAAAGAAGCUCAAAAAUCAGUUACGUAGGGCUCUGAAGGAUGCAGUCUCUCAAGAGAUGUUCGCGGUCGAGGUCAGCGAAGGUGGUUUACCGAGAGGGGCAAUCGCCGAUGUUGAAAAGGUUGAUGUUUGUUUUGGUAGUUGCGCUGUCGAGGUCAGCGCCUGUGACUCAUCGAGAGUGGUUAGCACACGUAGUUCUGGCACUGUCGAGGUCAGUGCCUGCAGCUCACCGAGAGGGGCGGCUGCAGCGGCCAAAGACACGUACGCUGUCGAGGUCAGCGAAGUGUACAGCCCACCGAGAGUGGUGGACAUGGCCAAGAAAUAUAAGUUGAAGACCGGUGCGUCUUAUGACAUCCUGACAGGAUAUGACCUGCGCAUGAAAAGGGAUCUGGACAGUAUGUGGCGAAAUUUGCACUUGGAGGAGCCAGAGCUGACGCUCAUCAGUCCACCUUGCACACCUUUCUCACCGCUGCAAGAAUGGAACUUUCCUCGCAUGCUUUUUGAGAAGGUGGCGGUGAUGGUUGGAGAAGGCCUCAACAGAAAGGCAACUCAGUUUGUGACCACCUCGCGGCAUAUCGCCAUCGAGUUGCAGAGAAGGUGCAGCGGUCUGAAGAGGCACUUGAGGGAGAAGGAGAAACACACAGCACUUUUUCUGGAGAUUCCAAAAGAGAUCACAGUGCUGACGACGGAGAACCAAGUUGGGCAUGAACUUGACGACUCUGAAGACAUUCUGCCUCAAGAGGUAGCAGAACAUAGUUUCUUCGCGCAGGCCGUGUUCGAGAUGAAGUUGUCAGAUGGGUUCUCAAAGAAUUCAGGUGUGAAACAUGUCAUUGAGCUGCUCGAGGACAAGGACGCGAUCAGCAUCUGGAGAGCGUUUUGGGCUUGCUGGUGCAGAGUCUUUGGAGCCCCUCAAUAUUUAGCAGUUGAUGAAGGUUUGGAGUUCAGAGGACAGUUCACGCAGCGGUGUUCCAACUAUGGGCAGAUUGGGCAGUGGCCUCGACUUCCUGGCUCGCUGAUGAGCGAUGAGUUUUUGGAUCCGGCGCUGCAGCUCCAGAACACAUCAGACGAGUUUGAUCAUCUUUUGGAAUUGCGCCGGCUUGCUCAGGAAGCCUGUGUCGCGAGGUCAAGGAUUCAGAGAAUCUUCAAAGCUGGAGAUGUGGUUUACGUUUACAGAGCAUUGCGUAGGAAGAAAAGUGUGAGAGGCCUUUCAGCCGCCAGAGGCCAUGGUUUGGGCCGCAAGGCCACGUGGGUUGGCCCGGGUCAUGUUCUAGUUCCGGAAGGUUCAGUGGUAUGGAUCAACAUGUUUGGAGAGCUUUGGCGUGCUUCCAUUGAGCAAGCCAGAGAGGCCACAACAAUGGAAAAGCUCGGAGUGGAGAUGGUUGCUGAAGGAUUCCAAGAGAUGCAGGAGCGCCUCAAGAGAAGCUCUCACAAGGCUGGCUAUCGAGACGUUACUCAAGACACCGAGGAGCUUGAAGAUAUGCCAGCUGAUGAAGAAGGCCAGCGCCGUGGGCAGCCCGAGUGCGUUUUGCUCUACAAGACGAUGUCACAACUCAUCGUAGCGAGAUGCCUUCGCAAGACCUUCCAGCUGUGUUCAGUGCGUGAGCCCAACAUGGCGGAUGUCGAGUCAGUUUUUGACGAUCAUGCCGAGGAGGAGACAAUGCAGAGCAUGGCAAGUUCAGUGCAGGAGAAUGAGAAUCUGGCAGAGGAUGUAGAGGAGCUCACGGCAGAUGACCCAACGAAAGACUAUUGGGUCUAUGAUGACUGUCGAGGCAUUUUGCAGCGACAUCAUGUCCAUUGGCGCAAGGCUCUUUUCAGCCCUGCUCAGACGGAAGGAUGUCCCAUCCCUCUGAGAGCCAUUCGUGCAGGGCGCACGACCAAGAGGGUUGAAGCUUGUGGAUCCACGCAAGAAGUCGUGGAUGAGUGGUCGCUCUUCACCAAGAAGGAGGAGAGAUACACAUGGCGGAAGGGCGUGACUGAAUUUGCAGUAGACAAGCACUACCUGCAGACGUUCAAAGGGCCACCAGCCAAGAAGAGAGGAGAGGGCGAAGUUUUCUCUCAUGAGAUACCCAAAGAGGAGUGGCCUGAAUGGGAAAAACAGGAUGCAGAAGAGUUUGGCAAGAUCAUCUCAAGUGGCGCGCUUAGGAUUUUGAGCGUUGAGGAGAGCGCUAAAGUGCAGAAGGAGUUGAAAGGGGCAGGUCAGGUCAAUAGGAUCCUGCCGACCCGCAUGGUCAGGCGUUAUAAACCAGGAGACGGCCCUGGUGCGCCUCGAACCAAGAAGUCAAGGUUCUGCAUCAGAGGAGACCGGGAUCCAGACAUUGCCGAUCUAACUCGUUUCGCUCCUACAGUCACAACCUCAAAUUUGCAAGUCCUCAUUCAAGCUGCAAUGAACAAAGGGUUCAAAGGUUUGGUAGGAGACCUCAAGGCUGCGUUUACUCAGAGCUUGCCGCUGUUCAGAAGUGCCGGCAAGCUGUACUGCCGUUCUUGCGACGGCAGCAUGCCAGGUUUGCAAGAAGGACAGAUUGCUGAGAUUGUCCUGGGGUGCUAUGGGCUUUGUGAUGCGCUGAUGCAUUGGCGGAAGACGCUAGUGCAGUUCCUCACGUCAGAGCUUGGAUACCGGCAGAGCUGUCUUGAUCCCUGCACCCUUCUUCUUCAUGGCCCUCAAGGUUUACAUGGCAUGGAUGCGGUGGAGAUUGAUUAUUUAUUGAUGUUUGGAGAUGAAAUGCAUGAUUCAAAAAUGGCCGUUUUGCAAAAGAAGUUCACAUUUGGAAAGAUUCAAGAGAUCAACGGAGAAGGUGUGAGCUUUAAUGGAAGAAGGCUUCGCCGUUUUGGCGACACCAUGGUCAUAGACAUGAAGGCCUUUGUGGAGGAGCUUUUGAACCCAGUUCCUCUCAGCAAAGAGAGGGCAAAACAGAAGCAGGAACGUUUGACAGAUGAGGAGAUCAGUGAAGUUCGCAAGACUUGUGGAUCGCUCAACUGGGCGGGACGCGAGGGACAUCCUGACGCUGCAGCUGCGGCAUCCUUGUUUGCUUCCAUGAUGGUGGAGAUGAAGGUAUCCGAUGUGUUUGAGCUCAAUCGAGUGGUUGACCGCUUGAAGGAGUCAUCGGAUUUAGCACUGCAGAUUCAGCGCAUUGAGGAGAAGAAUGUGCGCUAG